UCGAGAUUAUAGCCGGGAAGCCGUAUGCGCAUGUCAGUUUACUUGGUCGAUCUCUUUCUGUCGUGGCAUCUGGAGGUGAGUGGUUGUGUGUGCCUCUUGCACAGGAAGAUAAUCCAAAAAUUAACCCACCAAGAAGUUGGCAUCGACUCUUAGUUUUUAUCAGACUGAAAAAACCAAAAGUGCACCAUGGGUAAAGAAAAGAUUCAUAUUAACAUCGUCGUCAUUGGACACGUCGAUUCAGGAAAAUCUACUACUACUGGACAUUUGAUCUACAAAUGUGGUGGUAUCGACAGACGUACGAUCGAGAAGUUCGAGAAGGAAGCCCAGGAAAUGGGAAAAGGUUCCUUCAAAUAUGCUUGGGUACUUGACAAAUUGAAGGCUGAGCGUGAACGUGGUAUCACCAUUGACAUUGCUCUCUGGAAAUUCGAGACCUCUAAAUACUAUGUAACCAUCAUUGACGCCCCAGGACACAGAGAUUUCAUUAAAAACAUGAUUACGGGAACAUCUCAAGCUGAUUGUGCUGUGUUAAUCGUUGCUGCUGGUACUGGUGAAUUCGAAGCUGGUAUCUCAAAGAAUGGACAAACUCGUGAACAUGCUUUGCUUGCUUUUACUCUUGGAGUCAAGCAACUUAUUGUUGGAGUUAACAAGAUGGACUCUACUGAGCCACCAUACUCAGACACUCGUUUCGAAGAAAUCAAGAAGGAAGUAUCUUCAUACAUUAAGAAGAUCGGUUAUAACCCAGCUGCUGUUGCUUUCGUACCCAUUUCCGGAUGGCACGGAGACAACAUGUUGGAAGCAUCCACCAAAAUGCCCUGGUUCAAGGGAUGGAAGGUCGAACGUAAAGAAGGAAACGCUGAAGGUACAACUCUUAUUGAAGCUCUUGACGCUAUCUUGCCACCAUCCAGGCCAACCGAUAAGCCUCUUCGUCUUCCUCUUCAGGAUGUAUACAAGAUUGGUGGUAUUGGAACAGUACCUGUCGGUCGUGUCGAAACUGGUGUUUUGAAACCAGGUAUGGUUGUAACAUUCGCACCAGCUGGACUUACCACUGAGGUAAAAUCCGUUGAGAUGCACCACGAAGCUUUACCUGAAGCUGUCCCCGGAGACAACGUUGGUUUCAACGUUAAGAACGUCUCUGUCAAAGAAUUACGUCGUGGUUAUGUUGCUGGAGACUCCAAGAACAAUCCACCCAAGGGUGCUGCUGAUUUCACUGCCCAGGUUAUUGUUUUGAACCACCCCGGUCAAAUUAGCAAUGGUUAUACGCCUGUAUUGGAUUGUCACACAGCCCAUAUUGCCUGCAAGUUCGCAGAAAUUAAAGAGAAAUGUGACCGUCGUACAGGAAAAACAACUGAAGAAAAUCCCAAAGCCAUCAAGUCAGGAGAUGCAGCUAUUGUUAACUUGGUACCAACUAAACCUCUUUGCGUUGAAGCUUUCCAAGAGUUCCCACCUCUCGGACGUUUUGCCGUUCGUGACAUGCGUCAAACAGUUGCUGUUGGUGUCAUCAAAGCCGUAACAUUUAAAGAUGCUACUGGAAAAGUCACCAAGGCCGCAGAGAAAGCUCAGAAGAAAAAAUAACCAGUUUCGCGCAAUUGAGCCGCCGGGUGGAUGCCGGCAUAUAGUAGCACAAGUAAUUUGUCGUCUCUCUUUGAGCCCCUCGAGCAAAAGACAGGAGAUGCAGUCGUUGACAGCCAUCAUUUUCGCGAGAUCAUUAAAUUUGGAUGGUUCCAGGACUCAAGAAGCUAACAAAAAACCUCGACGGUUUAUUGUUCCUGUAAGAAGUAGAGAACCGACCAAGACAUCGUGUUUCUUCAGCAAUCAAUUGACUUGUCUUUCAAAACGUUUUCUCCGACACUCUUUUCAUCGCAAGGAAUUCCGAAGGAAAGGAGAGCUGGUGGAAACUUGCAAUUUUUUGUUUUACUUUUUUAGAUUUUAACGCGUUUCCCUGUCAGCACGAGUGGCGUAAAGAUUGAACUCAAACUACGCGAGCUAUUAUAUACACCUGUCUCUCAACAACAUCAAUACCAUAAUUUAGCUCGGCUUAAUUAUAUUUUCUAAUUAUUAUACGGAAAUAAAUCCUAUAUCUGCGAUACUCGAAAAAAA